AUGGCGAGCUCGACUAACACAAACCCCGUGCCUAAAUUGUACAGGUCUGUAAUUGAAGAUGUCAUCAAUGAUGUCAGAGAAGUUUUUCUGGAUGAAGGAGUGGAUGAACAAGUUCUUAUGGAACUCAAAACACUGUGGGAGAACAAGCUGAUGCAGUCCAAGGCUGUAGAUGGUUUCCAUUCAGAAGAGCAGCAGCUUUUGUUGCAGGUGCAACAGCAGCAGCAGCAGCAACAACAGCAGCAUCAUCACCACCACCAUCACACACAACCUCAGCCACAGCAGACUGUGCAGCAACAGUCUCAGCCACAACAAGUCCUUAUCCCAGCAUCUCAGCAAGCACCACAGCAGCAGGUUAUUGUGCCAGAUUCCAAGCUGAUACCGCACAUGAAUGCAUCAGGCAUGAGUGCUGCAGCCACUGCAGCUACAUUGGCUCUCCCUGCUGGAGUUACUCCUGUUCAGCAGAUACUUACAAAUUCAGGCCAGAUCCUCCAAGUAGUUAGAACUGCAAAUGGAGCUCAGUAUAUCAUUCAACCACAGCAGCCAGUUGUUCUACAGCAGCAGGUCAUACCACAAAUGCAGCCUGGUGGAGUACAAGCACCUGUUAUACAGCAGGUUUUGGCUCCUAUCCCUGGAGGGAUUUCCCAGCAGACAGGAGUGAUUAUUCAGCCUCAGCAGAUCCUGUUUACAGGAAAUAAAACGCAAGUCAUACCUACAACAGUGGCUGCCCCUACACCAGCACAAGCACAGAUUCCUGCAGCUGGUCAGCAGCAACCACAACAGCAGGCACAACCACAGGCACCGCUCGUUCUCCAAGUUGAUGGAGCAGGAGAUACCUCAUCUGAAGAAGAGGAAGAUGAGGAGGAAGACUAUGAUGAUGAUGAAGAGGAAGACAAAGAAAAAGAUGGGGGUGAAGAUGGCCAAGUUGAAGAGGAGCCUCUUAACAGUGAAGAUGAUGUGAGUGAUGAGGAAGGACAAGAACUGUUUGAUACAGAAAAUGUCGUUGUGUGCCAGUAUGAUAAGAUUCAUAGAAGUAAAAACAAAUGGAAAUUUCAUCUCAAAGAUGGCAUCAUGAAUCUUAACGGAAGAGAUUAUGUAUUUUCCAAAGCCAUUGGGGAUGCAGAAUGGUGAAGUUUUAAAAGACGAAACAAAAAAAACUCCCUGUAAAAGGAAAAAAAAAAUCAAAAGCAGGAAAGGUUGAGACUUGGACGUAUACUCCAAUCAAAACGUGUAUCUGCACACCAGAAAUAAACAGUAAACAAAUAUAUUGGAACAAAGAUAAAAUGUGGCAACAAGACACUACUUCAGAUGAGCAAGCCAUGGACUGUAGCAGCUAUAGCAUUGUCUGGGGGCUGGUUUUGUGUGUUAGGAAUACCUUAAUUAUCAAUUAAACAUACAGGUACCUACAGCUGGUAUUUAGCAUGUAAGGCUUUGUUCCCCCUCUCCCCUUCUUCCCUUAAGAUUUUAAAAAAAAACUUCUUCCACUGAUUGAAGGAACUCUUCCCUUUGAUAGAUUAUUAAUCUGAAAAUGCUUAUUGUGUGUACAAAUCUUUGCUUUGAACACUUCCUUUGGGUAGUGAGGAUGGUCAGAAUGUUACUUAAACUGCGUGCAGGCUUUGUACAGAAGGGUAAGAAUUAAGG